CAUUGAAUUCGGGGUUGUGGACUUGUAACGACGCCGUUUUACGUUGCCCUACCAAACUAAACGCCCCUUGAAUGUUCGAAACUCUCUCGUGUGAGCUCUCGGGAUUCCAUGUUCUUGGUUUCUUCAUCCGUGCAAAGGUGAAGAUUUGAAGAUGGAGGAGGUUUUAUUAGCAAUCAUUUCUAUGCUUCUUGUUGUUGCUUUAAUUCCGAUGUAUAUCUGGAAACGUCGGGUUUCUCAAUCUCCUGAGGAGCCUGAAGAACAAUAUCAGGCGCCACAAAGGGAAACUGUAGUUCGCGCCACUGGUACUCGGCGGAUGCGUCGGAGACCGGCUUCUGCAGCCAGCACAUCUGCAGCCCCAGAACAUGUAGAAGAAAUUCUGGAUGGAAGUGAUGAUGAAGGUGCCGGUGAGUACCAUGAUACUAAACAUGUGAAGAAAAGAGAUAAGAAACGGCAAGACCGGGAGGCACAACGACAGGCUGAAGGUGUUGCACGUGAGUCGAGGCAGACAAAACAAGAUCGAUAUGCAGAGAUGCGGCGGAGGAAGGAUGAGGAGCAUGAAGCAAAGGAGCGAAUGCUGGAAGAAGAAGCCAAUGCUCGGAAGGCCAAGGAAGAGGAAGCUGCUGCAUUAGAGUUUGAGAAGUGGAAAGGGGAAUUUUCUGUUGAUGACGAAGGUACAACAGAAAAUGAAGUGCAAGAUGGAAGCCAGGGCUUGCUUUUUGAUUUUGUGGAAUACAUAAAGAAGCAGAAAUGUGUUCCUUUAGAAGAUCUUGCUGCAGAGUUUAAGUUGCGGACUCAGGACUGUAUUAAUCGGAUCACUUCACUGGAAAAUAUGGGGAGAUUGUCUGGUGUCAUGGAUGAUAGAGGAAAAUAUAUAUACAUCUCACAAGAAGAAAUGAAAGCAGUUGCUGAAUAUAUCAAACGUCAGGGGAGGGUUAGCAUCUCACACCUAGCCAGCAAGUCCAAUCAGUUUAUUGACUUGGAGCCGAAAGCCCAUUUUGUUGAGGAAGUCAGCAGUGUGGAGGAGAUAACUGUCGCUUGAUUUGGCGAACAUCUGUCAAUCACAGCUACAUAUGAAGGGAAAGUAGACUAAGUAUUUCAUAAAAAGUACCUUUUUAAAAAAAAAAAAAAAAAAUUGUAGACAAGUAUACAUAUUGUGCCAAGAACUGGGAAAACAGAAAGAAAAAACAUACUCUGAAGUUCUUUUAUGUUCGUAGAGAAAUGCAGUGCAUGAGGAUUCACCAUA